AGUAAUUAUGAAUUUGAAUAAAUUACGACAAUGCUAUAAAUUUAUUUCUUUCAAAUCAUUACAUCAAAGUUCAUAUCUUAUACCAAAACCUUUCAUUUAUGAUAAAUUGUUGAAAAUCGCUUCAUAUAGGAUAUUUUUUCAUGGUAAUCUACAAAAAAUAUUAAAAAAGGAGCCUGUAAACUUAUUGACAAUUCCGUAAAGAAUAUAAUGCGUGAUUUAACUUUCUUGUUUUCGUAAUUUUUAAAGAAUAAAACCAACUUUACAGUUUUCAACCUCAAUACUUCAUAAUACAAAUGUUAAAACCAUGUCUGGAGGUGAUAAAAUUUGCCUUAAUGUUAAUUAUAAUGAGAUUUUAAAAGCUCAAAAUGAUAGUAGUGUUUUAAUCAUCGAUGUCAGGGAAAAGGAAGAAAUUGAUGAAACUGGAAAACUACCUGGAAGUAUUCAUAUACCAAUGGGAGAUGUUGCAAAUACAUUGUUGAGCCUUUCUGAGAAAGAUUUUAAAGAAAGAUUUAAUAAAGAAAAACCCUCCAAAAAUACGAAGAUCAUAUUAAGCUGUAGAUCUGGGAAGAGAAGUGGCAUGGUUCAAGAAGAAAUUCAAAAGCUUGGAUAUGAAAAUGCAUACAAUUAUGUCGGAGGAUGGUUAGAUUGGGAAAGCAAUCAGAAAGUAUAAGCUAUUGUUAUAAUUAUUCUUACACGAGUAGAUAUAUUUAUUUAUAAAUGUUAGUAAACACUUAUAUAUAAUUUCCUAACUUACAUUAAUAAACUGUUAUUAAUUGCUUAAAA